UCCAGGUGUUUCCUGGCCUCACCUGUCCCCGUUUGCAGGCCCUGAUGGAGCGCUUCAACGCCGACAAACGCAUUUUCUGCUUCAUCCUCUCGACGCGCUCGGGCGGCGUCGGCGUCAACCUGGCCGGGGCCGACACGGUGGUGUUCUACGACUCGGACUGGAACCCCACCAUGGACGCACAGGCGCAGGACAGGUGUCACCGGAUUGGACAGACGCGGGAUGUGCAUAUUUACAGGUUGAUCAGCGAGCGCACGGUGGAGGAGAACAUCCUGAAGAAAGCCAAUCAGAAGCGGCUGCUGGGGGACAUGGCCAUCGAGGGCGGGAACUUCACCACCGCCUACUUCAAACAGCAAACCAUCCGCGAGCUGUCCCCAAAUGUCCCAUAGGUGUCCCCAAAUGUCCUAAAUCAGCUCCCAGGUGUCCCC